GUCAGUCAGCAGGAUGUACCAGCAUGGUGGAGGUCAUGGAGGAGGUCCUCAGGAGGUCGCGCUAACAGAUGAAGAGAAGGAGAUCAUCAACAGUGUUCUGGCUCGGGCUGAGACCAUAGAGGCCAUGGAGCAGGAGAGGAUCGGGCGUUUUGCCACUAGGUUGGACAGUAUGAAGAAGACGGCGUGUGGAGAUGGUCAGUCUCGUUGUCUGCUGUGUGGAGAGACGUUUGGACAGCAGGGAGUCACCUCUGUACUCUGUUCCUACUGCAAGAAGCACAUAUGCAGUAAGUGUGGGAUUCAGAACAACCGUUCGUCAUCUCCAGUGUGGGUUUGUAGGAUCUGCAGUGAACAUCAAGAGAUGUUGAAGCGUUCUGGAGCAUGGUUCUUUAAGGGACAACCCCAGCAAUCCCUCCCUGCUCCCCUGCCCAUCUCCAGGCCCAGAGGGACAGGUACAGAGAGCCCCCGUACCCAGACCCCUACCCAUGCCCAUCACCAGCCCAGUGCCCAGCCCUAUCCCCGUACCCAGCCCAGCUACCAGCCAGACCCUGGUGCAGAGGACUACACAGAGCGGCAGGAGCAGCAGGAUAACUCCUACUCCAACAUACAAAACCAAGAGCCCACUGAUGAGCCCCCAUACUCCAGUUCGGAGCAACAGGACCCAGAGGGCAAUAGCUCUGCUCAGACACUAGAGGGUGUUGCUGAGGCCCAGGUUAGCCCUGCCGUGGUGGAGGAGGUGGUGAAGAUGGAAAGACAGUUAGGCUCCAGACCUCCCACAGCCAGGGGAAGAGAGAACCCACCAGCUCCAGCUGACACAGUCACAGCACAGGCCCCUGCACCACAGAAGAGCAGAUGCCCACAGCAGAGAGAGGAGAGAGCGCCACCUCUAGUCAGGGAGGAGAAACCCACUCCUGCCCCCAAACCCAGCAUGGCAUCACGCACAGGCCCCGCUCCCAACAAAGACAAUGACAACGAAUACGACUCUGAUGAAUCCACCACGCUGGGGUUGCUGGAGUUCAUUCUGCAUUAUGAACAGGGGAACAACACACUGCACUGCAACAUAGUCAAAGCCAAGGGUUUAAAGCCGAUGGACUCUAACGGACUAGCAGACCCCUACGUCAAGCUGCACCUCUUACCUGGAGCUAGUAAGUCUAACAAGCUGCGUACUAAGACCCUGAAGGGCACUCUGAACCCAGUGUGGAAUGAGACUCUGGUGUACCACGGUAUCACUGAUGACGACAUGCAGCGCAAAACACUACGGCUGUCGGUGAGUGAUAUGGACAAGUUUGGACACAAUGAGUUCAUAGGAGAGACGCGUGUUGCUCUGAAGAAACUCAAAGCCAACCAGAUGAAGAACUACAGCGUCUGUCUUGAGAGGGUGGUCCAGGUGAAGAAGGCAGGCACAGGAGGUUCAGCCCGGGGCAUGGCUCUCUACGAGGAGGAGGUAAAGGAGGAUGAAGCCGAGGAGAGGGGUCGUAUCCUGGUCUCUUUAACCUACAGCACCCAGCAGGGUCGUCUGAUAGUGGGAGUGGUGCGCUGUGCUCACCUGGCAGCUAUGGACUCUAAUGGAUACUCAGACCCUUUCGUCAAGAUCUGCCUGAAACCAGACAUGGGGAAGAAAGCCAAGAACAAGACACAGAUCAAGAAGAAGACCCUCAACCCAGAGUUCAAUGAGGAGUUCAGCUAUGAGAUCAAACAUGGUGAGCUGGCCAAGAAGAUCCUGGACAUCUCCGUUUGGGACUAUGACAUGGGAACAUCCAACGAUUUCAUUGGUGGAUGCCAGCUGGGCAUCACAGCCAAGGGGGAGUGUCUGAAGCACUGGUACGAAUGUCUCAAGAACAAAGACAAGAAGAUUGAGCGCUGGCACGUCCUCCUAAAUGACAACACCAUCAAAGACACGGACGACUGAGAGACGACCUCGUCCUCCUCCUCCCUUGUCUUCUUCUUCCUCCCAUUUCCUCCUCCUCCCUCCUAAAUAGCGUUUUCUAAUUUCCUCUUAAAUAUAAUAUUUUGUCUUCCAAUCAUCCAAUUGUUUUUAAAUGUAUUUAAAUUGUAAAGUAUUUUUGUCUAAUGUUUUUUCGUUAUGUGUCGGAACCCAGGAAGACAAGCUGUCUCCAUUGGCGUCGGCAAAUGGGAUCCUAAUAAAAUCACAAAUCAUAAUCUAGGUCUUCCUACUUUCAGUAAUGUGAACCUGAAUUAGCAGCAAAUUAAGGCUCUCACACUUUUUACAACUUCAUUCUUCUUGUGCAGACAGAAAUCUUAUUGGAUUCAUGUACUUAUCAACACAGUGUUUCCAGUGAAACAAAAAGAAACUGCAACAGAAUAUCUCCUAUAUUUCAGGCAUGCUUUACUGCUUCUGGGGGAAAGUGAUCUCUUUCACUUAUCUCUAAAACCUGGAAACCGGAUUUCAAUGAACAGGGUGCUAAAGUAUGUUGUUAAACAAUGCGUUGUUACACCAUCCUUACCUAUCUCAGUCUCAACGCAAGGAAUUCCCCUCCUCUCUUACCAUAGACAUGAUAUAGAUUACAUCAUAUAGAUUGCAUCAUUGUCUCUGACCCCCACCCUGGAUUUUGCUGUACAAUGUUAUGAUGUGGUCAUAAUCUGUGUUCUAUACUUCAAUACUGUGAUGUUAUGACACAGUCAUACAGAUGUAGGAUCUUAAUUGUAUCACUCUUUUGUUGCUGAGAAUUAUCCUGCUAUGCAGUAGUGUAUUUGAGUUUUAAAAAGGCUUCUAAAGUUUGUAAUUUCCAUUUUGAAAUGUCAGACUUGAUUUGCUGUAACCGCUGUUGUUGGUGGAAGAAGGUGAGGACCAAUGCGCAGCGUGGUACAUGUUUAUCUUUUUAAUAAAGUAAACUGAACACUGAAUAACAAAACAACAAAGAAACAACUGAAACAGUUCUGUCUGGUGCAGACACACAAAGACUGAAAAGAACCACCCACAAAACACAAUGGAAAACAGGCUACCUAAAUAUGGUUCUCAAUCAGGGACAACGAUUGACAGCUGCCUCAGAUUGAGAACCAUACCAGGCCAAACACAGAAAUAGAAAAUCAUAGACAAACUAACAUAGACAACCCACACAACUCACGCCCUGACCAUACUAAAACAAAAGACAAAACAAAGGAACUAAGGUCAGAACGUGACAUUUGCUCUAAUGGAAAAUGUAUCAAUCUCUACAAAAUUUCCAUUAAUUAUAAUCCACAUAAUAAUUCACAUUUCCUGUUGCUGCAGGAUUAUUUUCCUGCGGUAGCAAAUUGACUCAAAUUAAAUUCCCACAUCUGUAAUCUGUCUUGUACACUUCUAUACUGUGAUUGCUUGGGACUAGUGUUUGUGCUGCCAAAGCAUAUGAUCUUCACUUGUGCUACUGUAUGUACAAACAGUUUGUUAAAAGGAGCAUGUGUUGGAUGUUAUGGAACAUAUGUUGAUGUUAUUUAUGAAUGAAGAUAUUUACAUAGUAUUAGCUGUUUAGGUUGAUUACAUGCUAGCUGUUUUGGUUGAUUACAUGUUGCAUGUUAUUGAAGCAUUCCUCUAAGAACCAUGGGAUAUCUUAGAAACACUGAUUUAGAUGUUGCUCUCUUUUUUCGCUCCCUCUCUCUCACUUUCUUUCUCUCUCACACUCUCUCUCUCUCUCUCGCUCCCUCUCUCUCUCUCUCUCUCUCGCUCUCACUCAUAGAACAAAGUGUUACUCCAAGCCUGAUGAAGUAAUGAUCAGACAAUACUGUAUUGGCUACUUUUUCCACCACUGUUAAUGCAUAGACAUUCUUUGAAGUUCGCUCAUUGUAUAAGCAGCGUCUGUGACAUGGCAGGACCUUUGUGAGAAUCAGGUGAGGUUUGAGAACUGGUGGCCUGAGUAGACACGCAGUGGGAUGUAGGUGGACUUUGGCUCUCUUGAUAAACACAGUAGUGAAUCUCUUCUCUUUUCUUUUCCAACUGGUUGAAAGUUCACAGUCCUGUUGGCCUCUGAAGGAUUAGUCUGCCUGACUGUAUAGACUUGAACUCCACUGUGCAGUA